UAGGAUGACAGAAGUCCGAUGGCCAGUCAAUGUGAAAUCGUAUGCUAAAGAAAAGCUCAGCCAUGCUCGGCUGUCUAAAACGAAGAGUCACCCAUUGCAAGGGGUAACCCAAUACCAGGAAUCUGUGGUAGACGAAGAAAAGAAACCGGAGGAACCUUCCACAAAGAGGGGUGGAUCAGAUUUCAUCGUAUCAGAUCCUCUCUCUUCAAAUCCGCUCUUUGAUGACCCGCUCAAUGACCCUCUGUCCGGAGGUGAUGAACUUGAACCUAUGCUGGCGUUUAAUGAGCCUAAAGUUAAUGUUACCAAGAGUCGCAGAAAGUCCCCUCCUGCACCAACUGACCAUUGGAUACAAAGGAGAGGGGCGAUCCUAUCUAAAUUCACCACCUCUCAGAAACUCACACUUUCUGCUGGAUCUAAUAAACAUGAACGAGCGAAUGCUUCGUCAAUGUUACCGGAGAAAGUUAGAGACCGAUUGGAGCAGCUGGAUGAGAUGGAGGAUGGUCCAAACCUCAGUAACCUCACUCAAGCUGAGUACACCAAGACAAUCGAGAGAUGGUCGCUGUAUGCAGCGUGGGACACGGAGCAGCGAGUGAAGGCGCUAAAACUAGCUAUCCAGCUGAGUAAGCUGCUUAUAGACACAACCACAUCACAGUUCUACCCUAGCAAGUUCGUCCUUAUCACCGACAUCCUCAUGAAGUUCGGAGGACUUGUGUUUGCCAGAUUGAAGGACAAGUCAGCGGUAGUACAAGGCCACAUAACAAUUCCCCUCCGGUCUGACUUCACUCCAGAAGAUGUACCGGACUCUGCCAAGGAGACUGCUUCUAACUGGUUUUUCAAGUUAGCCUCUAUCAGAGAGCUGUUACCCAGACUGUAUCUACAACUUUCCAUCCUGAAGUGUAAUAAGUUCAUGUCAUCCGACGAGCACAGAUCAGUGCUCAUGCACAUCACUCUAGGAGCUCGCGGUAUAGGUGACCCUCUGGUUGCGAACUAUCUACGGUGUUUUGUUUGUCGAGUCGGGGCUGUAGUUGAUCCUGGGUUCGAUUCUUAUCUUCACCCUCUCUUCCAGGACGCACUUUUUAUCUAUCCUCAGAUUCUGAGUAGGGGCAAGCGGCUGAAGGACACGAGUAUCGGAGGAUAUUGUAUAACACACACUCCGGCUUAUGAUUGGCUGCUCAGUUGCUUGGGUCAACAUCUCUCUUCCCACGACUUGGAACAGCUUAUCGUGCAGGCUUCCGAGAUCCAGAACAAUGGUAUCCUCCUGAACGCGAUACUCUCCUCUCUACCAUACAACUACAUCACUGAUCACGUGUUCGAGCUAGUGGAUCAGGUGAUCAAGUGCCAGGAGACUGCCUUCCCUGUUUUCUACCUCCUCAAAAACCUUGGCGACAAGCUGACAAAUGGUAACCAUGGUAACACGUCACAAGCCAGGACUAUGUCGACACGUGACCGGAAGAAGCUGAUCAAGGUGGUGUGGACUCAGCUCUCAUCCCUGGAGGGGCAGAUUGAUGAGUACAUGGAGAGUGCUGUCGUCUGGCUCCAGUUUGUCUGCCUGGAGAUGAACAACACAAAAGACCUGGAUGUGAUUCUGGAUGAUAUUAUCAAGCACUUGCUGCCUGCCAGAACUUUUGAAGCUUGCUACCCCGCUUUGGAUAAGAUAUUGUCCAUUCUCUUAUCUUCUCAAGACGAUGUAACAGAGCUGUUCUCCUUAUCUAAAUUCCUCCCGUUCCUUGACCUGUUUCAAAAAGAAAGUGUUAAAGUGGAGGCUUGCAAGUCCAUCCUCUCUGCUUUUAGAAGUAAGAACGAAGGAAGCACGCGUAGUCCGAUAGCUGUCAGCAGUUUUAUCUACAUCUGUAAAACUCUCCACAACUCCGUAAAUGCACUCACAAACGAAGAUCAGAAAAGAGAUAUCAGUGAGCUGAUAAACAACUUCAUAUCCUCCGUGAGUUACGGUAGAGACUUUGAGGAACAGCUAGGAUUCUACGUGGAGUGUCGUGAUGCAUUCUCUAACCUGGACUCUAUUCUCUUUUACCUGGUUCAAAGUGUUUGUUCUCUUGCAGUCCAGACUCUAAAUAUCACCAAGGGGAACCACAACAAGAAGAGUGGCUCGUUUGUGAGGGGCUGUGUGGCCUACAGUUACAUCACUAUACCCAGCAUACUUUGUUACUUUGCCCGACUAGACCUCUACCUGCUGGCUGGUCAGGUGGCCCUUCUCAACUCCUCUCUUGUUCAGUGUGACUCCCUCUACAAAGAAGCACUGACGCUGAUAAGCGAAGUUCCUCCUUCACUUACUGGAACUGACGGUCGUCAGUAUUCCACGGAGCGCCGCCUCAUUGACUGGGUAUCCAGAUACCUCUCCAGUCUGCUAUAUGUCCCUGACAACCCCGCUCAGCAACCGCUGCACAUUUUCCGUGAGUUGUGCAGUGCUAUAGAGUCUUACAAACACUGGUCGAGUAACGGGAAUCUUAAAGUACGGGGAGUUCUGUUGAGUUAUCUGCUGUCUAUCGGACAACCUACCUUCAGUUUCAACAUUCAAAAUGUAGUUUCCAAUGAUAAACUGUAUGGACAAAAUAAGAAGUACCUAGCUCAAGUGGAUGAGCUGCUGGAAACAGUCUUGGAAAAGAUUAUCAGUUACCUUGAUGCCAUCGAUAAAUUAGCGCAGGAGUCUGAGAACCUGGAAGAGUUGACUCGGAUAGCAUAUCGGGUUGUAGAGGGGCUAGAUGUAACGCAGCCUAACCCCAACAAGCUGCUUACUAAAGUUGCUUCUCUCUGCUACCAGGCGAACAGGAACUUCUUGAUUGUUGAGAGCGACGUGGCCAAAUCUUCAGUUCGAUGGACCAAGAUGCUCCCCGCACUUCAGAAGAUACAACGUGAGAUAGCGACUCAGAUUUAGAUGUUUCUCUGCUCUGACGUCACGACGUGCCAACUUUAAAUCGGUGCAGCAUGACAAUUUGACAUUAAAGCUAUGGUACAGAUUGAACAUUUUGAAAAGAUAAUCUUAUGAUAAUAUCAUGGGCUAAGAUGGUUAUAGUUAUUGGAACUCGUCCACAUUCACGUAAUCAGUCACAAUCAGCGUGCUAAAUCAAGGUCGAGAUUUUUCUAAAAGAGCCCCUCGGAAGUUUCGACGUAUUUUUUAACAAUGAUUUUGAAUCACGCCGCAUGAUUGAGGGUUUAAAUGCUUCCCUUUUGAGUUAUCGGCGAAUGAUUGCAACUUUUUUUUCGACUACUUGUCACUUGUCAGGGCCACAUAGAAACCGUAUAAAAGUCAGACACGUGAUGGUCCAGUGCAGAGUGAUUUAUCAUCAUUCAAUCAGUCGGAUAGGUUUUAAUAUACUAUGGAAAUGAUCCAAGAUAUUAUGUACAUGUUAUUAAGGAUGGUAGUUUUGGGUAAAGCAUGUCAUAAUGACGUACACGUUAUAGUAUAAAUAAUUAUGUUAUGUUCACUAUUUUGUGUUAAAUUUUUGAACGUCUUUGACCUGCCGUAUUUGGCUUCUUCACUACUGCUUGACUGUUUUGUUUUUCCUGUUUGAUUUCCGUAGAAGGAUUUUUGAAUUUAUUUUUGUUGAUUUCGUUAAUUAGAUGGUGUUCAGAUUUUUUAUUUUUGUAUGCUUUUUAUCAUUAUUCACAAAUAAGUUGUUUAGU